UGGUCCCUCGCAGCGAGGCAGGAAACUCGCAACCCAAGUGACUUCCACGCUUCCUUCCGGAGCUACCCGUGACGCUGGCGUUAUUGCUUAGGACUUAGAAUAGGGAAUGCUGGAGAAGAAGCAAGAUCGGUGCUUUGCUUUUUAGACUUGCUGGGGAGCCUCAAGCUGUCGCCCUGGGUAGAGUGCCAUAGCAUCACAGCUCACAGCAACCUCCAACUCCCAGACUCAAGCAAGUCUCCUGCCUCCGCCUCCCAAGUAGCUGGGACUACGGGCGCCCACCACAAUGCCUGAGUAUUUUUUGGUUGCAGCCAUUAUUGUUGUUUGGCGGGCCUGGGCUGGAUUUGAACCUGCCUGCUCAGGAGUUAUUUUAUACAGAAAUCUUGUGAGACCACUGCACAGAGUGAUGAUUGUACAAAGAGUGGUAUUGAAUUCCCGACCUGGAAAAAAUGGUAACCCAGUGGCAGAGAAUUUCCGAAUGGAAGAAGUCACUUUACCAGAUAAUAUCAGUGAAGGACAAGUACGAGUUAGAACUCUUUAUCUUUCUGUGGAUCCUUACAUGCGCUGCAGAAUGAAUGAAGACACUGGCACUGAUUAUAUAACACCUUGGCAGCUGUCUCAAGUGGUUGAUGGUGGAGGUAUUGGAAUUAUAGAAGAAAGCAAACACAUAAAUUUAACUAAAGGAGAUUUUGUGACUUCUUUUUAUUGGCCUUGGCAAACCCAGGUUAUUCUGGAUGGAAAUAGCCUUGAAAAGGUAGAUCCACAACUUGUGGAUGGACACCUUUCAUAUUUUCUUGGAGCUAUAGGUAUGCCUGGUUUGACUUCCUUGAUUGGGAUACAGGAAAAAGGUCAUAUAACUACUGGAUCUAAUCAGACAAUGGUUGUCAGUGGGGCUGCAGGUGCCUGUGGAUCCUUGGCUGGGCAGAUUGGCCAUUUGCUGGGUUGUUCGAGAGUAGUAGGAAUUUGUGGAACACAUGAGAAAUGCCUUCUUUUGACCUCUGAACUGGGCUUUGAUGCUGCAAUUAAUUAUAAAAAAGAAAAUGUGGCAGAACAACUGCAUGAAUUAUGUCCAGCUGGAGUGGACAUUUAUUUUGACAAUGUUGGCGGUGACAUCAGUGAUAAAGUGAUAAGUCAGAUGAAUCAGAACAGCCACAUCAUCCUAUGUGGUCAAAUUUCUCAGUACAACAAAGAUGUGCCUUAUCCUCCGCCACUGCCCCCAGCAAUAGAGGCAGUUCAGAAAGAAAGAAAUAUCACAAGAGAAAGAUUUCUGGUGUUAAAUUAUAAGGACAAAUUUGAGCCUGGCCUUCUACAGCUGAGUCACUGGUUUAAAGAAGGAAAAUUAAAGAUCAAAGAGACUAUAAUCAAAGGAUUGGAAAAUAUGGGAGCUGCAUUCCUGUCCAUGAUGACAGGAGGUAACAUUGGAAAGCAGAUCAUUUGCAUUUCAGAAGAAAUCUCUUCAUAGUCUCCGUGAAUGUCUUCAUCAGGGAAAUCACAGAUGUCUAUUUUGCAAAAGGAUUUUCAAGAUACUUUUUUUUGUAGAGACAGAGUCUCACUUUACCACCCUCGGUAGAGUGCUGCGACGUCACAGGACUCACAGCAACCUCCAGCUCUUGGGCUUUUGUGAUUCUCCUGCCUCAGCCUCCCGAGCAGCUGGGACCACAGGUGCCCGCCACAACGCCCAGCUAUUUUUUGGUUGCAGUUUGGCCGGGGCCGGGUUUGAACCCGCCACCCUUGGUAUAUGGGGCCGGCACCUUACCGACUGAGUCACAGGCGCCACCUGGAUUUUCAAGAUACUUUUUAUCUUUUUUUUUUUUUUUUUUGGCCGGGGCUGGGUUUGAACCUGCCACCUCUGGCAUAUGGGACCGGCGCCCCACUCCUUGAGCCACAGGCGCCACCAUAUACUUUUUAAAAAAACCCUUAGUACACAGAUAGGUCUUGAUUUAAAUCACAUCACAUGGUCACAUGGGUGUUACUUUCUUAGUUGCAUAAUCUUUCCUAUAUCUUCGAUAUCAUCUAUGUACUGUAAACCAAUAUAUAAUUAUUUGUAAUAAUUGAAGUUAAUGUGAUUUUUUUUGCCAAAACUAAUAUUAUAUAUUUGUAUUGGACAUUCUGAAACUAUUGGAGUUUUGAUAUAACUGUUAAUGGACUUGGGUGGCGCCUAUAGCUCAGUGAGUAGGGCACCAGCCCCACAUACCAAAGGUAGUGGGUUCAAACCCUCCUUGGCCAAACUGCAACAAAAAAAAUAGCCAGGUGUUGUGGGGGGCACCUGUGGUCCCAGCUACUUGGGAGGCUGAGGCAAGAGAAUCACCUAAUCCCAAGAGUUGGAGGUUGCUUUGAGCUGUGGUGCCAUGGCACUCUACCGAGGGGGACAAAGUGA